AUGGCGCCUAGUCUCACAUCGAAACGCACCUCGAAGAGAUAUUCCACCUUCUCUGCAUCGCCAUCAUUCGCGACCGUCGACAUCCUACAAGAGGCUGGCUCAGAUCAACGACCACUCAACGUCACAGCAGCAUCCGGCAUGGCUGAAAUUAAGCAAUUCACCCAAGGUCUUGACCGAUUAGAAAACAAGAAACUCGACAUGCAACGCUUCGUUCCCAGUGAAAAGAAGUCGAACGAGAUCAAAGCGCUCAGUGUGGGCGCGAAGCUGGACCGAGCUCUUGGACACAGAAUGGCAAACCAGGAUGCGUCAUUCAGUAAGAAAAGAUUGAGCAUUCUGGGGCAUAAGCAUAUGGCUGUUUUGACCGAGAAGCCGGGGCUCUGA